AUGCGGCCGCGAACGAUUGACAGCUUUGCCGACAUCGACCCGAGCGUCGGGAGCCCUUCGCAAAAGUCGUUUCGGGAACGUGUGGAUGGGCAGAGUGGACGGCCGGCGUCCGGCAUCCCUUUGGAUCCCUGGCCUCUUCGCUCCAAGGACGACGCCAACGUCGAGGUUCGAGAACGCAAUGGAUACACUGGCGACUUUCAUCAACCCUUGAUAGGGCCUGACAGAUCGGAGUAUGGAAGCACCGGACAGAGGAGCGUAUUUCGGUGGAUGCCCGAGAUUCUGUCGCUGUUGCUUGGCGUCGCCUCGAUGAUCAUUAUUGUCGUAGUUCUGUACCGCACAGAUGGACAGCACCCGCCGGAAUGGCCGCUUGGCAUCACUCUGAACACAUUCGUGGCUUUCUUCACAUCACUGGCCAAGGUCGCGUUCAUGCUCCCGAUCGUGGAAGGGUUGGGUCAGCUGAAGUGGAUGUGGUUCGCGACGACUCGUACCAAGCCGUUGAUCGAUUUUCAACUGUUUGACGAGGCGAGCAGAGGCGGGUAUGGCAGCUUGAAGCUCCUUUUCCGAUGCAAGGGCGUCUUGGCCUGUCUCGCAGCGAUCAUCACGCUGAGCGGCUUCUUGACAUCGACCAUCACCCAGCAGGCGAUUUUGUAUCCGGUGAACGAAUCGGAGUCGACAAACGGCACGGCGUCAGUUGCUAGAGCCACUACGUUCUCUCUCUAUGAUGGGAACGAGCUUCAAAUACCCUCUCAUAUCACGGCGCGAGAGAAGCUGUCGAUAGUAAACGGUGCCUUUUUCGUUCCUUCCGAGAAGGUCCCGGAAGUGAUACCAGUCUGCUCGUCGGGCGAGUGUCGCUGGCCAGUGUACGGCUCCCUCGGCAUCUGUGGCGCCGUUGCGAACCUGACAGCUCUGGGCAAUGAAACACUACUGGCUAGUCUGAAGAACAUCACGAGCUCACGCCUAGACGACAUCUUCAACUCGACCCUAGACAUGGUGUACAGUCUCACGUAUACAGAAUCGUUGGCUAGUGUGCCGGCAUCGUUUCCGAUCGUCAUCGGCCCAGUCCCGUCUGCGAGCGGAGCGUUCAACGACUCCAUCACCGAGCUGCUCAUCAACGAUCAUUACCUCGCUUACUCGGACGAACUCUUGACAAAUGUUACGGCAUCCGACCUUUCUCAUAUCAAGUUCCUCGAGAUUGGAUUUCACUGGUGCACCAAGUCCUUCUCGACCGAGGUCAGGAAAGGCGUGCAUGUCACCGAGGAGAUUGGCCGCGUGGCUACAACCGUGAAGAGCAGCCAAUACAGUCUGAACUUUGGCUGGAAUCCGACAAUCUAUCCAUGUUAUAUGGCAGGCACUUGUAACCAGACCUACGGCGGAGUGGACAUUGAGCUCGCGGCACCGCCGGGCGUCCCGGACGGUGGCACGUUCACGGUCAACGUGUGGACUUCGCUGAUAGCUUCUGCCCUGAUCUUUGGAGCCAUGUACGACUCGGUCCUCAUCGACGGCCUGCGCGGCCUGGUCGCGUCCAACGGCGGCGGCAUGGGACAGGCCUUUGCGGCGUCCCUUUUCGGCGAUUUCAUGACGUUCCAGAUGCCCACACCAGAGCAGCAGCUCGACGGCGUCCAGAACAUCACACAGAACAUGGCGCGCAGCAUGACCAACCUAGGGCGGCACGCGCCUGAUGCACUCCCCCGACACUGCCUUCCUCAACGGGACGAUCCUCACCCCGCAGACAUUCGUGUCGAUACACUGGUCCUACAUCGCGAUGCUGGCCGUUCAGCUCGGCCUGACGCUCUUCUUUCUGGCGGCCGUGAUCACGAGGACAAUGGCGACGAGAGUGCAGGUGCUGAAGGGGUCGUCGCUCGCCACGCUCAGCGGCCUGGACAACGAGUCACGGAGCAUGCUGGGCGGCAUUCAGAACUCGCACAAUCUCAAGGAGCGGGCGACAGCACUGAGGGUCCGGCUGGAAAGGGGACUGUCAGGCGUGGCGCUCUGGCUGGGCCGUCCGGCAAAUGGACAGGGUCAAAUCAGACAAUCCCUCAUGACCUCGAAACUGCAAUGUUGAUGGCAUCGUCUCCCGUCACCUUCCCUCAGAGCCCGCCUGCUCACGCUGCCGCACAUGGGAAGCGCCCAGCUCCCCACGAUGGCCACCAACCGGCCAAGCGACGCGCCAAAGGCGGCUUCGUCGAUGACGACUCCGACGACGACGACGAGCCGCCCGCGAAGAAACGAAUGCUUAGCAUAGAUGUUCAGGCUCCCACCGCAAGCCAAGAUCAGCUGGAGGAAGAGACACGGCCGAACGAAGAUGUGGCACCCGAAGCUCUUGCGUCAGUCACACAGGACUCACAAGAGAUCCCUGAUGCUCAAAUGAUAGAAGAGUCUCAGGAACAAGAGGAGGAAGCCCGCUACGAAUCUCUCUUCAACGUCAGAGUCCCCGACUUUCUUACCCCUGCGUUCGAUGUGUCGAGCUCGACCGGCCGUACAUACAAGAUCUCGACGUGUUCGGGGAGAUCACUCCCGAUCAAGGAACGCAAGCAGGCAGCACCGCUGUCCUACGAGUCUAUGGUGGCAUCCAGAUCUAGGACGAAGGAGGGCAGGGCCAAGAAGAGCUACUACGGCAUCGACAUACACGCAUUGGUCGACGGCGCCAAGGAGGAGAUUGCCGCUCAGGCUUCUACAGCGACUGCAAACACGGAGCGAGCCACGAACACGGAGCGACCGAAACCUUCUACAGAGGCACCGGACACCAACCUGAGGAAACCGAGGAAGACGAUGCUCUGGACCGAGAAGUACCGCGCCCGGAACUUCAUGGACUUGGUCGGCGACGACAUGACCAACCGGCACGUCCUGCGGUGGCUGAAGCGAUGGGACCCCGUCGUGUUCCCCCACGCGGCCAAGGCCAGGCCCGCCGUCCGGCGGCCGGGAGCGAAGCAGCAGCAGCAGGCCGAGGAGGAGAAGCCGCACCGCAAGAUUCUCAUGCUGACCGGCCCGCCGGGCCUGGGCAAGACGACGCUCGCCCACGUCUGCGCGCGCCAGGCCGGCUACGAGGUGCUGGAGAUCAAUGCCAGCGACGACCGCAGCCGCGACGUCGUCAGGGGCCGCAUCCGCACCACGCUCGGCACCGAGAGCGUCAAGACUGUCGAACACCGGAAGGCUCAGCCCGGCCAGGCGCCCAAGAUUGCCAAGCCGGUCUGCGUCGUAGUCGACGAGGUAGACGGGGUCGUCAGCGGCUCGGGAGGGUCCGGAGAAGGCGGCUUCGUCAAGGCCCUGAUCGACCUCAUCACGACCGACCAGAAGAACAGCGCUGCCUCCACGUCGUCAACGACAGGUGGGCCCAGGCGCAAGAAGAAAGGUGACGAUUUCCGCCAGAUGCGCCCGCUCAUACUCAUCUGCAAUGACGUCUACCAUACUUCUCUGCGGCCCCUGCGACAGUCUGGCCUGGCAGAGAUCAUCCACGUCGGCAAGCCGGCGGUGGAUGCAGUGGUCAACCGGCUCAAGGGCGUCUUUGAGAAGGAGGGCAUACCUUGCGAGAGGGAAGCCGCGCGGAAACUGUGCGAGGCCGCGUGGGGCAUGGCGACGGGACUCGAAGUCAAGAAGGGGCUGCAGAACACGGCCGAGGGCGAUCUUCGCGGUGUCAUGGUGGUCGGCGAAUGGGUCGCGGGCCGCUUGAGGGCUACGUCGCCCAACGGCACCCCUCAGCUCACGCGCCAAUGGAUCGAGAAGAACAUCAUGCAUGACCUGGCGCACGGCGGUGGCGGCGCGCGAGGUCUAGGCCGAGGUGGAAGCAAGGAGAUUGUGACACGAGUCUUCCAGGAGGGCGCCGGAUUCCCUAGACAGUCGGCGGCGACCAACGUGUCCAAGAAGACGAAGCACGAGCAGCCACAAGCCCAGCUGGGAUUUACCGAGCACGUCAAGAAGUAUGCUAUGGACCGCCUUAGAGAGAUGGUCGACACCAGCGGCGAGGUAGACCGCAUCAUGACGGAGAUCUUCCUCGAGUACCCCAACCGCGAGUUCAACGACGACUGCUACCUCAGCAAGCCCAAUAUGGCCUACGAGUGGAUGCACUUCCACGACACGUGCACACACCGUAUCUACUCGAACCAGGAAUGGGAACUGGGCCAGUACUUCAGCCAGCCUGUCCUGGCGUGUCAUCACCUGUUUGCGUCGCCGCAUCGGCAUGUCCCUACGGCCGGCUACGACAAGAAAUGGGGCGCCGAGGCGGAAGAUGAGAACGCGGCGCCUCCCAUGCCAUUUACCGGCGCGAGAGCCGACUUUGAGGCUCGCGAGGCGGAGAAGCACAACCGAGCCAUGCUUCAGACUAUCCAAGCACAACUCUCACCGACUCUGUCCAGAUCGUUCCGCAGUCCGGAGCACGUAGCGACGGAUUUGAUCCCCUACCUUCUCCGCCUGGUCUCGCCUGACGUGAAGCCAGUCGUCGUCGGCGGGAGCGACAAGGGUGCAUCCGUAGCGAGCGUCCGGAGGGAAGGCGAGAAGGCGAUGGUGAAGAGGGCCGCAGAGGUGCUCGCCGAUGUCGGGAUCGCGCUGCAGAGGGGCAAGAUCGAGGAAGCGAACCCGUCUGUAGUCAGCAGAACGCAAUGGGUAUACAGAAUGGAUCCCGACCUCGACGUGCUGUGCGCAUACGAGACGGCAGGGGCCUACGUGCUCGCGAGCCAGGCGCCGACGCGGUACGCCGUGCGCCAGGUGCUCGACCAGGAGCUGCAGAAGACUCUUGCCGCGCGGGAGACUGCGGCGCGGCAGGCCCGUUUCAAGGCUGGCAACACCCUCGGCAUCCACGAAGAUGACUUCCACUUUGACGACAAGGAGAACAAGGGAGGAGCCAAGGAGGCGGAGGCGAAGCUCUCGGCCGCCGCCGCCGCCGCCAGCGUCAAGCGGGACUUCUUUGGCAGGGUCAUCGCCGAGCCUGCCCGCCCGCUGCAAGACGUCAACGGCAAUGCGGGACACAAGAAGAACAGGAGCGUCGAUCAUGGAGCAGGCCUCAAGCAGGAGGAGCGAAAGGUCUGGGUGACAUUCCACGAAGGACUGAACAAUGCAGUCAAGAAGCCGAUCUCGCUGGAGGACUUCCUGCGGGGGUUUUGA